CAGCAUUUUUUUUAUUUGCCCCUGAUUCACAACAAUUUGAAAAAUAAAUGAUAAGAAAUGAGAUUUUGAGCUUAAUUUUCUUCAUAAAUGUCCUCCAUCAUAAAAAAAUGACAGUUUUUCACUGGAGUGGGUCUUUUAUCAUGAACCUGCUGGCUCUUCUUUUGCUUUGGCACACACAGUUGGACUUUUAUUCUGCAUUCAUUCUGCAGGAUCAGGAGGACUAGGAGCAUCAAUCAGGAGGAGCAUGGGUGGAUUAGUAAAGAGGAUGUGGUUUCCAUGAAUUCAAACAUCCCCAGAACCUUUUGAAUCUUUGCUGCGUAAGAAAACUUCAGACUCUAGAGGUCUCCAUCCUUCAGCAUCCCCCCAUCAUCAUCAUCAACCUCUGUUCCUCCUCCUCCUCCUCCUCCUCUCUGGCAUUUUGCGCGGCGCAGGAGGAGAUGAGGAGAGACUGCCGAGGAGGAGACAGAGGGGACCCUGAGACAACACGUCCCACGCCACCGCCAGACAGCCGGGGAACUUUGAUUUGACGCCAAGUCGCCGCGCGAUGAGAACGAGCAUGACGCGCAGCGGCCACCUUUGUUCCGCGUCUUCUCCUUCUCGGGAGGUUUAGAUGCGUCGGGCGCGCGCAACAUAUGAUGCCCUUGGACUCAUUCGCUGCUGAAGAAGAAGAAGAAGAGGAAGAAGAAGAAGCAGAGACGUUUUUCCACUCCUUUUUUCCCUCCCCGUUUGUGUUCGCUGAUGGUGCCUGCGCUUAGGUCAGCUGAAUGAGUGUGAAGGCACUCUGAGCGCAUUGUUUCCAGCUCCGUUUCAUGUGGGAUUUCCAGCCGUGAUGUCUGCGCUAUUUGGCUCUUUGUUUCUGGUCCUAUCCAGUCUGCUGUCAGCGCGGGCUCAGACGGAGAUGAAGAAGGUGGUUGGGGACAACGCCACGUUACCCUGCCACCACCAGUUCCCAUCGUCCAGCUCGCUUGACAUCGAGUGGCUGUUGCAGAAACCAAAUUCCAAACAGAAAGUGAUUAUAACCUUCUUCGGGGGGGAAGUGUACACUGAGGCCACAGGCAGCGAGGCCAACCGUCUGUCUUUUGCUGGGGAGUAUCUGGGCGGAGACGCCUCCCUGCUGAUCAGUGACCUGCUGCUGACCGACUCCGGGGAGUACUACUGUAAAGUCAAGACCGGUGGGAAGUACCACUGGAGCCAGGUCAACCUCAUUGUGCUCGAUCUCAAAAAUCCGGAAAUUGUCACCCUGAGGAAUCUCACUAUGGACAGCACAGGCGUCUACAGGUGCACAGCGAGCAACGACGUCGGCGAGGAAAACUGCACCAUCGAGGUCACCAUGCAGCAUGUGAAGGAUGUAGGGAUGGUCGCAGGUGCAGUGGUGGGGAUAUUACUCGCCGUCAUUAUUGUCAUCAUCACCAUCUGGCUCGUCUUCCGCAAGAAAGAAAAGAAGAAGUACGAGGAGGAGGAGACUCCCAAUGAGAUCAGGGAGGACGCGGAAGCCCCCAAGGCCAAGCUGGUGAAGCCAAACUCCCUGUCCUCAUCACGAUCUGGUAGCUCACGUUCCGGUGCUUCCUCCACCCAGUCCAUGGUGCACAACAGUGCCCAGCGUGGUCACCGCCCUCGCCCACCCGCUGUAGCAGCCCUCAAGGAAAACGGACAACCUCCAGGCUUCCCUCAGUCCCCUCCAGCCUACACCACAGUGGUGGCCCCCAAGACCCCCGAACCCCCUGCCACUCCCAAAUACAACUCCAGGAACAUGUCAGGGCCCACACCCCCAACCCUUAUGGUCCCCGCCCAGACCAAGGCGUUUCAGACUGUGUAGGACUGAAAGCCAAUCCUUUCCUACAGCCAUGGGAGACCCCCGACCCUACCCAAGGCCCAUAGCCCAUCCCAAAGACUGAGACUCUUCCAUAAGCAAAGAAAUGCAACUAGUUAAAAUGAUGUAAUUAAACAAAUCAAAUACUUUAA